AUGGACAGAAAACCAAACAAUAAGAAGUUGCGGAGAUGCUGGCGCGCCCUGAGCGAGAUGGAGGAGUGGAAGCUGACAUUGCUGCUCUACAUCUCAAGCCUGAGCCUCUGGGGCCUCUGCGUGGUCGUGCUGCCCUGUGCCCCCACCUUGUUGGCCAUACUGGGUUUGGGCAUCUUCACAAUCUGGUGUCCCAAAAGCCAGGGCAAGGUCUGCUUCUACAGCAACAGCUUCAACAUGGGCAAGAACUUUAAGCUGGUGAAGUGCCCUGUGACGACGGAGAUCCGGGAGGUGAUCAGGUCCAUCCUGGUGAGCGGCCGCAUUGGGCCCGACAUCAAGCUGGCCGAAUGCUACGGGCUCCGCCUGAAGCACGUGAAGUCAGACGAGAUCCACUGGCUGCACCCAGACCUGACAGUGGGUGAAGUGCAGGAGAAGUAUGAGUGCCUGCACCUGGAGGCCGAGUGGAGGUACGAUCUCCAAAUACGCUAUCUGCCGGAGGAUUUCAUAGAGCGCUUCAAAGAGGACAGGACCACCUUGCUCUACUUCUACCAGCAGGUCAGAGGUGGCCCCGGGGGUCUCCUGGCCCCAGCCGGGAAGGAGGUGGGGCUGGACCUCUUCUUCCCCAGCCAGAUGCAGGAGAACCUGAAGCCCAAGCAGUUUCGGAAGAUGAUCCAGCAGACCUUCCAGCAGUACGCGCUGCUGCGGGAGGAGGAGUGCAUCCUCAAGUUCCUCCACACCCUCGCCACCUUCGCCAACAUCGACCAGGAGAGCUAUCGCUGCGAGCUCAUCCAAGGGUGGAACAUCACGGUGGACCUGGUCAUCGGACCCAAGGGCAUCCGGCAGAUGACGAGCAAGGAGGCCAAGCAUCCCCCAGCUCUGGGGUCACCCGUCCCCUGUCCCUGCCGUCCCCCCCAGUCCCUGGCUAUCAAGACAGCAUCUCUGGCCGAGGCGGAGAACAUGGCCGACCUCAUCGAUGGCUACUGCCGGCUGCAAGGGGACCUGGAAACCUCCCUCAUCGUCUUCCCCAGCAGAGCUUCCCGCCCACUGGUGAUGCCACCUCCACCUUCCUCCCCUCUCCAUGAAGUCCAGCACUAUGGGAUCUCCCGGGAGGACAUCACGUUGGGCAGGAUCCUCGGAGAAGGGUUCUUCGGAGAGGUCUACGAGGGGAUCUACACCACCCCGAAAGGGGAGCGGGUCAACGUGGCGGUGAAGACCUGCAAGAAGGACUGCAGCCCGGAGAACAAGGACAAGUUCCUGAGCGAAGCGGUGCUGAUGAAGAAGCUGGACCACCCCCACAUCGUGAAGCUCAUCGGCAUCGCGGAAGAGGAGCCCACCUGGAUCAUCAUGGAGCUCUAUCCCUACGGAGAGCUGGGGCAAUACCUGGAGCAGAACAAGCACUACCUCGCCGUGCCCACACUCAUCCUCUACGUGCUGCAGAUCAGCAAAGCCCUGGCCUACCUGGAGGCCAUCAACUGCGUGCACAGGGAUAUUGCUGUCAGGAACGUCCUGGUGGCCUCCCCAGAGUGCGUGAAGCUGGGAGACUUCGGGCUCUCCAGGUACAUCGAGGAUGAGGAGUACUAUAAAGCAUCCGUCACCCGUCUCCCCAUCAAGUGGAUGUCACCCGAGUCCAUCAACUUCCGCCGCUUCACAACGGCCAGUGACGUCUGGAUGUUCGCCGUGUGCGUGUGGGAGAUCCUGAGCUACGGCAAGCAGCCCUUCUUCUGGCUGGAGAACAAGGACGUGAUCGGGGUGCUGGAGAGGGGCGACCGCCUGCCCAAGCCCGAUCUCUGCCCCCCCAUGCUCUACACCCUCAUGACGCGCUGCUGGAGCUACGACCCCAGCGAAAGGCCCAAGUUCAAGGACUUGGUUUGCAGCUUGAGUGACAUUUACCUGAUGGAGAAGGACCUGGCCAAGGAGCAGGAGAGGAACAACCGCCACCGGCCUCCCAAAAUCAUGGAGCCGCCAUCCUUCCAGGAGCCACCUCCGAAGCCCAGCAGACCCCUGUUCACCCCCCCCCCUCGCCUUGUUUUGUGCCCGCGCCGCCCCGCUGCCCCCCCUGCCCACCCUCAGGUGCCCGAGGGUCUGUGUGCCAGCUCGCCUACGCUCACCAGCCCCAUCGAGUACCAGUCUCCAGCCAGCUCCCUGCACACCCCGCCGCUCAACCGCCACAACGUCUUCAAACGCCACAGCAUGAGGGAGGAAGAUUUCCUCCGUCCCAACAGCAGGGAGGAGGCGCAGAAGCUCUGGGAAAUGGAGAAGCUCAAGAUGCAGCAGGUCCUGGACAAGCAGCAGAAGCAGAUGGUGGAGGACUACCAGUGGCUGCGGCAGGAGGAGAAGUCCCUGGACCCGACGGUGUUUAUGAACAACAACAUUCCCCCGCUGUUGCCGGAGAAGGAGACGGAUUACACGGAGUUCACGGGGCCCCCCCAGAAGCCUCCAAGACUUGGGGCGCAGUCCAUCCACCCGGCCCCCACCGCCAACCUGGACCGCACGGAUGACAUGGUGUACAGCAACGUCAUGGACCUGGUGCGGGCUGUGCUGCAGCUGAAGAAUGAGAUCAGCCUCCUGCCCCCGGAGGGCUACAUCCUCAUGGUGAAGAACGUGGGCCUGUCCCUGAGGAAGCUGAUCGGCAGCGUCGACGAGAUUCUGCCCAUCCUGCCCGCCACCUCCCGCACCGAGAUUGAGGGGACCCAGAAGCUGCUCAACAAGGACCUGGCUGACCUCAUCAACAAGAUGCGCCUGGCACAGCAGAACGCUGUCACCUCGCUGAGCGAGGAAUGCAAGCGGCAGAUGCUGACGGCCUCCCACACCCUGGCCGUGGACGCCAAGAACCUCCUGGAUGCCGUGGACCAAGCCAAGGUCCAGGCCAACCUAGUGAAGCUGUGCUUGGAGUGAGGGGCAGGGGCGGAGAGAGGGAAGGAGAAGGGGUGGGGAAGGAGAAGAGGAGAGGGACCGCCGUGCUUCAGUCGGCGGAGAUGGGAGGAGAGCGUUGCGGAGGAGCUGGCUUUUCUGUGUCUCCCGUGGCCUCGCUGUCCUGCCCUCCCUGUCCCCCCUCCUCCUGCAGCCGCUCGUGUCUUUAGCAUCGUCUCGUCGGUCUUCCGAAGAAGGGAGGCAUCUGGUGACUCGUCCCUGGAAAGGGCUGGGGGGGACCUGGCCAUCCCCGAGGGCUGCUGAAGAUCCCUCGGGCUCAGCGGCUCCCUGCUCCCCAGCUGCCAGCAGGUCCGUGUGUCCGUCCCUCCACCCCUGCGAGGACGGCCGGCCGCAG